AUGGCUCCGUUCACUCAACCGCCGGAACGUCACUUGGGAUACGUGUGUUGCAAGUGUAUUGCCCGAAGUUUCUUGGGUCGUCGCUAUGCCUGCUGGAUGUGUAUUGACUAUCAGCUGUGUGGCAACUGCUACGACACUGGAGAAUUGCCCACGUCGCCGGAGCAUAAGUAUUUCCAUCCAUUGGAGGUGCAUUACACUCGAUCCGAAUACGAGCUGUACUUUGGCGGUGAGGGGUAUGCGGAGGCCAAUGUUCCCCAGAGUUACAAGUGCGCCUUUUGCGAUAGUUGCGGAUUUACCAGCAUCCAGCUGUACAAGCAUCUCGCGGAUACGCAUCGUGGCCACAAGGACUUUGAUGAGUACUUGAGCAUCCUGUACACUCGCUACACAGCCGAUGCUUCGGCUUCAUCUGUUGCAGGUGCUCCGCCACUGGUUCGGAUUGUGCCACGUGCCACGCCACGCCCCGCGUCGCCACAGUACAACACGCCCAUGGUAAGUUUCCGUGAGGCGGUUCAACUGACUCAGCAACGUCGUAGCGCUCUCUUGGAGCAAAAUGCAAUAAACAUGCUGGAGGAGUUGCGGGUGAGCAGGAUUUCCACCGAAGCUAUUGUAUUGAGCGGAUUGGAUCAGGAGCAACAGCGAUCCCUAAGAACAUCGCGUAAUCCAAAAACGGUCCGUGCUCGGAUUCUGCCACAAGUAACGAGACUGGGCGGAGGAAUGCCCAGUGCUAUGCUACUGGAACCCUGGAGCUCCGACUGGGUAACACCGAGAAAUAUGAUUGGGGCUAUGCAGCUUCAACGGCAACGCCCUGAUCGCCAGUUGAUCACAUAUGCGGAUGUAGCGCGUCAGGCUGCCAAGUAUCCUCCCUGUAUGGACAACAUUAAAGCGGAUACUGAAGAGCCGGAAUUGCAUAAGUUUCUGUGUGCUCAAUUUAAUGUUAAAGAACAGAAGAAACGACAUCAAUCGCAGCUUUCACCGAAUCGUUCUCAGUUCAUGGAGGCACUUCUCUGCUCCAUGCUUUCGGAGGAGCAACUAUCUCUAAUUCCUGUGGAGACAGUUGUCAUCCCAGUGGAGCCAAAGCCAAUGCAGGAUGAAUCUCGAUUGGCGAAUGAGACUACAACUUUCAGCAGUCCGGCAGAUGAUGUCAUGGAUCGCUUCUAUCGAGGACUUGAGAACUAUACCAAGUGGUUAGCCGAGUUUACCAAGGCCAAGAACUCUAAGGAUGCAAACAUUUCAGCUGUGCCGAAUUUGAUUUUUCAGGCAACUUGUCAACCAAUCCUGGACAUUGACUCUGACGUGGAUAACGACACAGAUGAGCGCGAGGAAGAGGAAGGGAAUGGGAAAGAUAGUGAAAUAUACAAAAUUCUAACUAUCGACUCCUCUAUUGAUGAAAGUGGACAACAAGUGCAUGAAUCAAUCGAAAUAGUAAGCAUUGAUGCGGGAGAUGAUGACGAAGAUGUAGAGGAAGAGGAUGAAGGUGAAGACGAGGAUGAUUUCGAAAGUAAUUCCGGUGCAGAAACCUCCGAUUCAACUAUAGCCAUGAUGGUCAAUGUACUUGAUUAGGUUUAUGGCUCCUAAACAACGAUUGAUAUGGAAAAUGCAUAAACUGGGGAAAAAUAAUAACUAACUAUUGUUUUGUUAUUUUCACAAUA